UUUUCAACAUAAAACCUGUCGUCCUUUAUGAUUACCAUUUUAUUAAUAAUUGUAUGGAUUUUUGUUGUAAUUAUCAUCACGGUGAUCAAUUUAUUUCAAUUAAUUAUGUCACUUUUUUGACACAAAUUACGAAUGAGUUUUAUCGAAUUUAAUUUGGUAAUUAAAAAAUAACCUCUUAAUGUGACAAUUGUGUAACCUGAAAAAGAUGAAAGAAAUGAUCAAAAACUUUGCGUAAUUAGAAAACCUAAUCUCUCGAUGCUAAAACUCUUAACAAUAAUUGAAUAUCUUUUUAUUUGUAACAUAACGCUUGCAUCUUGUUUAUUGAAAUCAAUCAAGAACAACAAUCAUACGAAAUUGUCGCAACAUUAUCAUGGAAAUUCCACAGAGAAAGAGUUAUCCAAAAUGAAACUAUUGUCUACCGAGGAUCCGCCUUUUAAUAAUAAAACAUCUCUCAAAAUGUUGGAAGAUAUCACAGCCAAAGUAUGGAGAAUUUUACCUGUGAUUGAUAUACCUCGAAAUUGGGUCCUCACUUAUUGUAUGAUGAGGACAGAAAUUGCUGAAGAAAUCGAAAAAGCAGCUAUGCAGUGUCAACGUGAUGGAACUGGUUGGGACUGCACGUUCAUUGAAUUGGGUGGAGGACAUGACGACUUUAACAUGGGAAAGGUAGUUUCCCCUUUUAAUAAUAUUUCAAAUCGAGAAUUAAAGACGAAGUUACUUCGUGCAGCUGAAAAUUGCAGCAAACUUUGGCGACGGUACAAACGAAUUCAAGAUAGAAGAUUAAGUCGUAUGGGGUUAAACAUUCACAUCAAAAAUAGAAGAAGGAGAUCGUCUAAAAAGAGUAGAAAUAGACAAAAAUCAAAAAUGAAUAAGAAAAAUUUAACGAAGAAAAAUGGUGAUCAUAAUGAGAAAAUGAAGAAGGCAAGACAUACUAUCAAAAAGAUAAAAACAGUUCGUCGGAAGUUAGCAUAUAAAAUUACGAAACUUGAGAAUAAAAAGUUCUUAAGCUCUGAAGAAAAAUCGGAGCCAGGCAGAUUGCAUUUAACAGAGCCAGCGAAAUCUGGUAUUGGUUUACAAUAUCCUUUGGUAGAAGAACAAGCGGAAUUAUCUCGUCUUCAAGAUAUUGGAUCUUGUUUAUCACGACAAGCUGCAAAAGCUUGCGAAUCCGUUGUUCUUAACGCGAUACAAGGACUAAUAUGAUAUAGAUUUACGUUUGAAUCAUUAUAAAAACGUGGUAAAUCGUCGAAUUUAAUUUUAAUAUUAAUAUCCUCAAAAUUAAGCUUACUUUAACGCUAUUUUCCCAAAAUAAUAGAUUUCUAACUUUUAAAUAAUUGGCCAAUGGACCAUUUCCAGAGCUUUUCUGGCUUCCUAAAAUUAAAAGUUAUCAUUUUCUAAACAACAUUUUCAUUUAUUAAAAAAUUUUUAUUGUAGGGAUAGGCAAAUUCAAUGAAAAGUAAUUGUCUGUUAA